CGAUGGCGAUGACGGUGUUUGUCGCGGCUCUGCUCUCUGUUUUCACGGCGUCUGUUGUUUGUGUUGCUGAUGGAUUCAUGCCGGUCGACUGUUCUGACCUUUAUAAAGCAGGACAAAAGCUGAGUGGGAUUUACUCCAUCUAUCCAGGAGACGUUCCUGUCUGGGUUUACUGUCACAUGAUCUCAGAUGGGAAAGAUGAAGACAACGGAGGAUGGACGGUGAUUCAGAGGAGAAUGGACGGCAGUGUGAAUUUCUAUCGGCCGUGGAAUCAGUACAAGAGAGGAUUCGGGAAUGUGGAGAGCGAAUACUGGCUGGGGCUGGAGAACAUGUACCAGCUGACGCGUAACAGAAAGUACAUGCUGAGAGUGGAUCUGGAGGACUUUGAAGGAAGGAAGGGUUUUGCUCAGUACUCGUCCUUCUCUGUGGAUCCUGAAUCUGACGGGUAUAGACUAGGACUGCUUUUCUCUCGCGUGUCACGUGACCAGAGUUAUAAACGGCAUGUUUCAGGAUUCACUGAUGGAGGAGCUGGCGACUCUUUAUCGGGCCAUAAUGAUCAGAAGUUCUCCACCUUUGAUAAAGACCAAGACUCCUAUGGAAAUAACUGUGCUAAAGAGUAUCUCGGGGCAUUUUGGUACAAAUUUUGUCACAAUGCAAACCCCAACGGUGUGUAUUUAUGGGGAGAAGACGACACCCAUUUCGGCAUUGGUGUUGUUUGGUCAAGCUGGAAGAAUUAUGUUGUUAGUAUGAAAUCCAUCAGCAUGAAGAUCAAACGUGUGUCUUAGAAACACUAGUAUUUUACAGAAGCAAACAUCUGCUAUAUAACAAGGUUUUGCUUUCCUUUCUUAACCA